CACCCACAACCGUCACAAUGCCUGUCAGCGAAUCCUCCGCCCGCCUUAGCACCGGCUUCACCGGCAAAGGCGGCCUGCAACCCUGGUCGGUGCGCGAGCCGUACACGGCGUACAAGAGUCCCUAUGGACCACAAUACAAGGCUGUGAAGCAAUUCCACGGCAUCAGCUUCGGCCGCGCGGCGCGAUUUGGCAUUACCGCAGCCGGCUUCGGUGGUGUAGCAGGCUUCGCCGCGCUCUUCAUGUUCGCCGAGCUCCCACGCGUAGCAAAGGAUAUUAUGCAGCCGAUUCCCAUUCUUGGCUCUUUCUUCACCAAGGAGAUUGCGCCUGAGGACAACCCUUUCUAA